AUGCUUACCUACCAAAGUAACAUCUUAGGGAUCACUGAAGAACAGUUGUUUGCUCUAUUAUCUCACAUGAUUGCAGACAUAUUGGUUGCUUGCUUCACCAACAUUCCACGAGUCAUAACAAUGAAAUGCCAUGAAAGUGCAAUAGAGAAACGGGAGGAUAGUGUUGAGGCUGCAGCUAAGCUUCUUGGUAGGACUACUGAGAUAAUAAAAAGACUUGAAAUGCAUGAACUGCCAAGCAUUGAUCAAGAGAAAAUGGCAUUUAUUGAUGAAUGGCGUCUUCAUUUGCAACAUAUCCCUUAA